AUGGCUACACGUACCGUUACGGACCUGCCAGUCGAGCUCCUCGUGAUGAUCUUUUUCUUUCUCGAUGCUCGCGGCCUGAUCAACUGCAAACAAGUGUGCCGGAUGUUCCUACAACUUAUACACGGCUCCACUUCCUUGCAAUAUUUCUAUGAACUCGAGCUUGCAGGCAUGGCCGACGAGCCCUUAUGCCCCCUUCCCUACGUGGAGAGACUGCGGAAAUUACGCUCUCUGCAGCACAUGCGCCGCACCGCAGAGCUUGUGCCAGGGUCGUCCUUUCCACAGUGGACGGCGCUUGUGUGGACGACCUCGCCUGGUGGUCUUUUCGCCCAGGCAGACAUGCGAGGCGGAAUUGAAUUCAUCCAGUUCCCAUCCGCAGUGCUUGGAGUCUCAGAGCGUCAAUGGUCUAUCCACAGCGACCAGCUCGAUAUGGACUUGGAGACAAUGUGUAUGGAUCCAUCACAGAGCGUUGUUGUCGUGACAGGGUGGGAUCAGGUGCCAAACGAACCAGGGGGCCGGUACCCUGCACUUCGUAUCCUGUCUUUCACAGAUGGGCAACCCCAUGCUCUUGCUGCGCGCAGUGAGAUCAACCUGUCAGACACGGGUAAAUAUGACGAAUUAGACGAAGAAAACCGCAAGGAAGGACGCCAAUCCCGUCUAGAAGGCGACUACGUAGCGCAUCUUAGCUCUUGGAACUAUGAAUAUGCGGUUCUGGUGUGGGAUUGGAAGACAGGCGAUUUGCUUUGGGAAAGUACUUUAUGCCGUGUAUAUGUGUGGACCAAACCUGACACCGUGAUCAUACAGUGUCUACAACAAACAAAAGUAACAGUCAAAUAUGAAUCAUUUGACUUCGUCGACAGUCGGCAUCUACUUGCGACGGACAGUAGAGCCGUUGAUAUCUUCGUGCUAGACCGACAAAGUGAGUAUACUGGUGCUCCAACGCUCAUCCGAGAAUCUCGCUGCAUAUGGGAUCAUCCUAUGCAUGAUAACCAAUUAUGGGGUUGGCCCCAACUCAUGUCAAUGCAUAAGGGCGGAUGCCCGCAGAGGAAUUCGGUCCAUCCGUUCUACUCGUCCCCAGAACGUGGUCUCGUUGCACUUCUCUUUAUUGGCUCUCAUGACGGCCAUAGUGACAAGGACAGUUGGACAGAGGCCAUUCUGGUGCCAACAUCCAUGAUUCGGGAGUGGGCUCGGCGCGCGCAGGCUGGCGGACUUGACGAGAACGACUAUCGUCCCGGAGUUGGGGGAGCCGCCGAAUGGGGAGAUUGGGUAAUACAGUACCCGAGAGUGCUGCGCGCAGGCCAACUGUGCUCCGCAGAGGUACAAGGCAUGUAUGUGUCAUUCGCUAACAUCAACAAGCCGGAGGGUGGUGAGAUCGGACUCCGCCUGGAUCAGAUUGACUACACCGUCGUUGGGGGUAAAGGAGUGGGUUUCAAUUCGGAUGAGUGGAACGCAAUUGAGCUGGCAAAGGAGUGGGAUGAAGGGGGAGAGCUAUGUGUUAUCCCUGCGGACAGUGAAGGCGUCCAUUCAGCAUACGCCGAGGCUCAGCCAAUAGAUGAGAGAAUCACACAGCGUCUAUCCAUCCUUCCAGAUUAUGCAAUCCUACAGGAGUAUAAGGAUGUUAAUGGGGACAAUCACUGGCAGAUCUAUCAUAUCGUCGCCGCUGAUUCCGAUGAUUCAACGUCUCUUCAAAAUGGCAGCGUUGCGGCUUGA